UAACCUAACAUUUUCAUAUCCUUCCUGCAGGUCGAUAAAAGUCUUUCGUUCCUUGAUGGUUAUGUUCAGGAGUCAUUGGUAAAAGGAGCUCAGCUUUACAUUCCUGAGAGUGAGCGAUCUGGAAUGACUAAUGUCAGUAACUUUAGGAGUCAAGGCCAUCAUGACUCUUCCACCCAUGGUCUAAGGUUUGAGGCUUAUGGACUUCCAAAACCUUCUGUGGCAUCAAGAACUCAACCAGUUCCGCUCGCAACCUCAAAGGAACUUGUUCCUGUGUCUGAGCGAACUUAUCCUCAAGAUAUUUCCCACGCUACAUCAGUGUCAUCUGUCUCUGAACCCGGACCCACUGAGCUCAGGCUUCAACUUGAUGGGAUUCAAAAGAAGUGGGGUAGGCCUACUUAUUCCCCUACUGUGCCAUCAAACUCAAAUUCCAGUUCCCAGAAACCGGUGAACGGGGUUCCGCAACUUCUUGUACAGGGAACCGUUGGCCCACAAACUCGUGAUGUGUCUUACGAUUCAAGGAAACCACAAGUUGAAGUUCCUCCUGAAAAGCAGAAACUUGCUGCGUCCUUAUUUGGGGGUGCGUCAUCAAAGACAGGGAAAAGACCAACAUCUACUAACCAUAAGACUACUAGAGUCCACAGCCAUGCUGCGGAGAAGUCACAAAUGCCGACUACAACAGUUGCGUCUACUGAACAAGCUGCAGAGAAGGCUUCUCAACCGCCUUCCCCGGAUUUGCUCGAUUUGGAUGAGCCAACUCCUGGGGAUAACACUGCACCCUCAGAUCCAUUUAUACAAUUGGAAGGACUUCUUGGGCGUUCUGAUAUCUCUUCAGUAGCCAAUUCUGCUGUUAGUGCUUCUAAGUCUUCUGAUGUUAUGUCACUCUAUGCAGAGAGCCCCAUGAGUGGGCUGGGUGAUCCUGUAGCAAAUACAGAACCAGCUAAUUUGGAUCCUAUAAACCUCUUGUCUAGCUUGUCCAAUUUAGCCAAUAGAAAUGUUCAUGGAGGAUCUGUAGCUACGCAGUUGGCACCUGUGAAAAAGGGUCCAAAUCCCCAAGACUCCCUGGAAAAGGAUGCAGUUACAAGGCAGGUUGGUGUAACACCUUCAGGUACAAACCCAAACUUGUUCAGCGACCUGCUUGGCUAGAGCACAUGGAAUUGAUCAUGCAGUGCAUUACACGGUUUUGAGUUUAGAAGGCUUUCAUUUGAGUAAUUGCUUCCUGCUUCUGGUAUGGAUUGUUCAUGUUGCUUAGUUCAGGGAAAGAAAAUUAUUCAGUUACUAGAGCUACUGGAGCGUGGGGUUGCAAGUGCAGAAAUACCUAGUGAUUUGCUUCAAAUGUGGAUGGGGUAAAGCAGUGAAAGCAAGCUGCUUCUGUAUUUUUAUGUAGUUUUGUAGUAAUAUAGUUUUGAUGGGUCGCUGUAAAUUUGUUAAUUUGUUUAGCAAAUCAAUUGCAAUAAGAUUAAUGAAACUCUUUAUGUAUCUUAACAGUAGGGCUUUUGCAGCAUUUCGGGAACAGGACUGGUGGAAUGAGCUUUUUACCGCUGUAAUUUAGUACAUCUUUGUAUUCAUUGAAAAUCUUACCUUUGCAUUUUUCUA